CCCGUCCAUUGACUGCGUUUGGUGCCAAGAUCUAAUAAUAAAAUAAUAAGAUUGAUUUGUUGUUCGGCAUUUUCUGUUUUCUUCAUCGUUUCUUCAAAGCUGAAAUGGCCCUAAGUUCAUGUUGCAGAAACACCACGAGUUACCUUCUAAAGAAAAAGAUCAAAGUAGACUGCGCCAUCCGUCUCUAAUCUUCCCGGAGGCUCUCUUGAGAAUCCCAAGCACAACUGCUUCAAACAGAUCAGCAGAAUUAGCCAUGGCAAGGGUAUAUCCAAGAAAAGAUAUCACUUUUGGUAGCUCGCACGAUUCGAUGGGUUGCGGAAAAACGGCUAACAGAUGAGAACCGGCUCUGUGGAAACGAAGCGUAUCCUUUCAAUGCAAAAUGUAGCCGACGACGACAUCAACCCCCAGGGCCUUUGAUUGAUACCACAAAACGACAAAUAGACGUCUAGAGGAAGCAGAUCAAAUCAGACAUCAAAUAAGGGUUGCUUUCAUAGGAUCGUUUACCAUAAAUUUUGAAAGAUGUUGUGCGGCCGCUUCACCACAGCUGCCUUGGCAUUGCUUGUCUCUGUCUCAACUACUUUUGCCUUUACCACCACCAGUAACUCCCCAGCCGCGUUCCUUCCCAAUGGAGUGAAGAAAACGCAACAUGCAGGUUUUUCGCAGCAGGAUGCUGCUGCCACAAGCCCUUUGUUCAUGUCCGCCGUCGCCGAGUCAGGCACUAAGACGGUGGAAGAAUACAUCAAAGAUCGUGGGGGCAACCGAGUUAUCAAAAAAGUUCUCAUUGCCAACAAUGGUAUGGCUGCUACCAAGUCCAUCCUCUCCAUGCGCCAAUGGGCUUACAUGGAACUGGGAGAUGAACGUGCAAUCCAGUUUGUUGCCAUGGCCACUCCUGAAGAUAUGAAAGCCAAUGCUGAAUUUAUUCGGUUGGCUGAUGAAUACAUUGAAGUCCCAGGAGGAGUCAACAGAAACAACUACGCAAAUGUGGACGUUAUUUGCAGGAUUGCUCAAGAACAAGGUGUGGAUGCUGUGUGGCCUGGUUGGGGCCAUGCCAGUGAAAAUCCCAAGCUUCCCGAGACACUCACCAAGUUGGGAAUCAAGUUCAUUGGACCCCCAGCUCCCGUCAUGAGCGUCUUGGGAGACAAGAUUGCUGCCAACAUUUUGGCCCAAACUGCCAAUGUGCCCUCUAUUCCCUGGAGUGGUUCGUUUGGUGGUGAGGACGAUGGACCCCUCAAAGCAGAUCUUACCGAUGAAGGUACCAUUCCGGAUGAGACCUUCGAGAAAGCUACCUGCCGCAAUGUCGAAGAAGCCAUUGUGGCAGCUGAGAAAAUUGGCUAUGAGGAAGGUCUCAUGAUCAAGGCUUCUGAAGGUGGUGGUGGUAAGGGUAUUCGCUUUGUUGAUAACGAAGUGGACCUCCGCAACGCCUUUAUCCAAGUCCAAAAUGAGGUUGUUGGAUCCCCUGUCUUCAUCAUGCAACUCUGUAAAAAUGCCCGUCACUUGGAAGUCCAGAUUGUUGGUGAUGAACACGGAAACGCUGUGGCUCUGAAUGGCCGUGACUGUUCCACCCAGAGACGUUUCCAGAAGAUCUUUGAGGAAGGACCACCAACCAUCGCAAAGCCUGCCAGUUUCACGGAAAUGCAAAAGGCAGCACAGAGGUUGACUCAGUCUAUUGGCUAUGUUGGAGCUGGAACAGUGGAGUAUCUCUACAAUGCUGCCACUGACAAGUUCUUCUUCCUGGAGCUCAACCCUCGUUUACAGGUGGAGCACCCUGUAACCGAAGGUAUCACUGGUGUUAACAUGCCGGCUACACAGCUGCAGGUUGCUAUGGGAAUUCCUCUCUACAAUAUUCCUCAAGUUCGUAUGCUCUAUGGCAAGGAGGAUGCCUAUGGCAAGGACAAGAUUGAUUUCAUUGAAGAGGACUACAUGCCUAUUAACACCCACGUCAUUGCUGCCCGCAUCACUGCUGAGAAUCCUGAUGAAGGUUUCAAACCUACUGCUGGAAGCAUUGAACGAGUCAAGUUCCAGUCCACCCCUAGUGUGUGGGGUUACUUCAGUGUGGGAGUGAAUGGAGGUAUCCACGAGUUUGCUGACUCACAGUUCGGUCACCUUUUUGCCAAGGGAGCCAACCGUGAGCAGGCCCGCAAGGCCCUCAUUCUUGCCUUGAAGGAGAUGGAAGUACGAGGAGAGAUCCGAACAACUGUGGAGUACCUUGUACAGCUGUUGGAGACUAAGGAGUUCAUUGAGAACACCAUCGAUACUGCUUGGUUGGAUGGCAUUAUCAAAGAGAAGAGUGUCUCAGUGGAUAUGCCUCAAGAUCUUGUGGUUGUGUCGGCCGCUAUUUUCAAAGCUUUCCAACAUGUUGAAGAAGGCACAGCAGAUGUCAUGGAGUCAUUUGAGAAGGGCCAAGUCUCCACUGGUGGUAUCCCAGGCGUCAACUCCUUUGAAACUGAGAUUGCCUACAAAGACAAAAGAUACAAUUUCCAUGUCGAGCGCAUUGCGGCAGAUGUCUACCGGUUCACCCUUGGCUCGAACACCAUUGAAGCUCGGGUAACUCCAACUGCUGAAGGCGCCCUUCUUGCUACGUUUGCUGGUGAGACGCACAGAAUCUUUGGUAUGGAUGAACCACUUGGUUUGAGGCUGGUCCUCGAUGGAAACACUAUUCUGAUGCCUUCCAUCAUCGAUCCCUCUGAGUUCCGCACUGAUGUGACUGGAAAGGUUGUUCGCUACCUCAAGGAGAAUGGUGAAGAAAUUGCGGCUGGUGAACCUUACGUGGAGAUUGAAGCCAUGAAGAUGAUCAUGCCUGUCAAAGCCACAGAAACCGGAAAGAUUACAAAUGCCUUGUCUCCUGGAUCUGUGAUUGCUGCUGGUGACCUGCUUGCCAGUAUCGAGCUUAAGGACCCCUCAAAGGUUAAGAAGAUUGAAACCUUUGAUGGGCAGCUCACCAUUCAAAGCACCGCUGUGGAAGUUGAAGUGGAAGACAUGGUCAAGAACAUUCUUGCUGGAUACGAUGGUAAUGCUGAUGCAGUGGUCCAGAAGGCUCUUGAAGGUGCUGAAGACAUGGCCAGUGCAUCCACGAUUGUGGUUGAGACAUUGGAGGAGUUUUUGCGAGUGGAAAGCAUCUUUGCCGGCAAAUUGAUGGAUGAUGUUGUUCGCGAGCUUACCAAGGCCAACAUUGACAAUCUUGAGGUUGUCAUUAGUGAAAUUUUGGCACACCAAAAGUUGAAGAGCAGGUCACUCCUCAUCCAAGCAAUGCUCCGCCAGGUAGAGAAUUUCUCAUUCCGAUUUGGAGAAAGCUUGCCAGAUGACUUGUUGGAAUCUAUUCAGAAACUCACCGAACUAACUGGCAAGGGAUAUGGGCAGUUGGUGGUUGCCGCCGACAUGAUCACUAGAGAAUCUAGAGUGCCAUCUUUCGAAAGCCGCGUGGAAGAGCUUCGAUCACAGUUGCAGGAUACAGGUGUUGACCUUCAAGACUUAGCAAUGAGCGCCACUCUCUCUGCUGGACUUGAUCUCCUCACGUAUCUCUUGUCUGAUGAGGACACAGACAUCAAGGUUCGCGAGAAUGCUGCCGAAGUCUACAUCCGAAGGCUGUACAGAGCUCAUCGAAUGUUGGACGUCAAGGUCUCAGAGAAAGAUGGUCGGCUCACAUGCAGCUUUCAAUUCCAGUAUGCCGAAGUUGAGGAAUCCCAGAGUGUCACUCACACUGGCCUUUUGAGUGUUGCUCCUGAUGUUGCCAGCAUUGGGAAGGUUGUGCCUGAUGUCCUUGGUGACCUUUCCGAGGCAAUCGGUGACAAGCCUGCAACAGUAGGCGGUUACCCCAUCAAUACCAUUCACAUUGUAUCUGGAAAAGGGUCUGAUGACAUCGAUGUUAGCUCAGUGGAAGGUGAGCUCAGCGGUCACAGUGCCCAAUUGAAGCAACUGGGUGUACGUCUCGUCAACGUGUGUGUUCCCAAAGAGAGGAGGGAUCCAUCUUACUACACAUUCCCCGAUAGCUUGGGAUUCAAGGAAGACAUCCUGCGUCGUGAUAUGAGGCCCACAAGGUACCAGUUGCUCGAGCUGGCCCCGCUCAGUGAUAACUACAACUUGGAGCGCUUACCUGCCAUUGGAAAGAAUAACCAAAUCUUUGUUGGUACGGAGAAGUCUAACAAGCCUUUCCGUGGUGGUCCUCCUCAAGUUGUUUUCGUGAGAGGCAUUUCCCACAGUUCGGGGCUUGUGUCAAGUGUUGGUGCUUUGCGUGUCCUCCAGCAGGGCUUGGACGAACUGGAGCGUGCCCAAGCGAGUGAGGGUGUAAAUCCUCAAUCUUCAAGCCGCGUCUAUCUCCACUCUCUUGCCAACAUCAAGGAUGUCACCCCCUUAGAGCUGUCUUCUGCUUUCGCCAAGGUCAUUGGUGGACUCAAGAGUCAGCUCGCACAACGCUUGUUGCGCCUGCGAGUUGACGAAAUCGAAGUCAAGUUUAGAAUCUCAUCAAAGGCUGAAGAUGGAAGUGAUGUGACUGAGGUUGUUCGUCUGGUUGCAUCAUCCAUGGGAGGCGAAUGGCUGAAGGCGGCCACAUAUGUGGAGGAAACUGACCCAGUCACUGGGCUGCCUGCUGGCUACUGCGAAGUGCUGCCAGCAGGCACAUCUGAAAAUUGUGUUCUUGAUCCCUAUGCUACAAGCAACAUUGUUCAAACCAAGCGCAGCGUUGCUCGAAGGGUUGGAUCAACUUAUGCUUAUGACUUCUUGGGUCUGAUGGAGGUUGGACUGUUUGCACAAUGGGAAGCAUACCUUGCAAGCAUUGGCUCUGAUGCUGGUGUAGAGGUUCCUGCUAGUGUGUUUGAGUCACAAGAGCUAUUGGAAGGUGAUGAUGGAGAGCUCUAUCUUGGAUCGCGUCCAGUUGGAACUAACAAGGUCGCCAUGGUUGCCUGGCUGGUCAACAUGAAGACACCUGAGUACCCCAAUGGCCGUGACAUUGUCCUGAUUGCCAAUGAUGUGACUGUCCAGAGUGGAUCCUUUGGUGUGGAAGAGGAUGAGGUGUUUUUCAAAGCAUCCAAGUAUGCACGUGAGCGUGGCCUACCUCGUGUGUACCUUGCUUGCAACGCUGGUGCCAGAAUUGGUCUAGUUGACGAACUCAAGUCCAAGAUCAAGAUCAAGUUUACUGAUGCUGAGAACCCAUCCAAGGGAUUUGACUACCUGUACCUCUCCGAUGAAGAUUACAAGGCCCUUCCUGAAGGAUCUGUUAUUGCUCACAAGACUGACGAGGGUUGGGCCCUGGAUGAUGUCAUUGGAACUGUCCAUGGAAUUGGUGUUGAGAACUUGCAGGGAAGUGGAAAGAUUGCUGGCGAGACAUCACGGGCCUAUGACGAGAUUUUUACUCUCAGUUAUGUGACUGGGCGCAGUGUUGGUAUUGGUGCAUACCUCGUCCGCCUUGGCCAGAGAGUGAUUCAGCAGAAUGUUGGACCAAUCCUCCUGACAGGAUACUCAGCCCUGAACAAGCUUCUUGGCCGUGAAGUGUACACCUCUCAAGACCAGCUUGGCGGUCCUCAAAUCAUGGUCCCCAAUGGAGUCACACAUGAGACCGUUGCUGAUGAUCAAGAGGGAGUCACAUCCAUUCUCAAGUGGCUCAGCUUUGUACCUGAGAAGGUUGGUGCCUUGCCAUCAGCCAGGCUGUCUGCUGAUCCAGUUGAUCGUGCAGUUCAGUGGCGCCCAACUCCAACUCCCUAUGACCCACGUCUGAUGAUGGCAGGAACAAGUGAUAUGCCUGGAUUCUUUGAUCAAGGAUCUUUUACUGAGUAUCUUGCUGGUUGGGGAAAGAGUGUUGUCAUUGGCCGUGGACGUCUUGGAGGUAUCUCCUUUGGUGCCAUUGCAGUCGAGACAAGAUUGGUUGACAAGGUGGUUCCUGCUGAUCCAGCUGACCCGAACUCCCGAGAGGCUAUUUUGCCACAAGCUGGACAAGUUCUCUUCCCAGACUCUUCGUACAAGACUGCACAAGCUAUCCGCGACUUUGACAAGGAAGGUCUCCCUAUCAUGAUCUUUGCUAACUGGCGUGGAUUCAGUGGAGGAAGUCGCGAUAUGGCAGGAGAGAUUCUGAAGUUUGGUUCCAUGAUUGUUGAUGCGCUCAGAGAAUAUGAACACCCAGUGUUCAUGUACUUGCCACCCCACGGUGAACUCCGAGGAGGAUCUUGGGUCGUUGUUGAUCCUACUAUCAACGAAGAGAAAAUGGAGAUGUAUGCUGACCCUGACUCCCGUGGUGGUAUUCUGGAACCGGCUGGAAUCACUGAGAUCAAAUUCCGCUUGCCAGACCAGGUCAAGUUGAUGCACAUUUUGGAUCCUGAGUUGCAGCUGUUGGAUAACGAGUUGGAGAUGACCGAAACAGAAGAUGACACCAAGUCCAUCCAAGAACAAAUCAAGGCACGAGAGGAAGUCUUGAAGCCUGUGUACUUGCAAGCUGCCACAGAGUUUGCUGAUCUUCAUGACAAGACAGGACGAAUGAAGGCUAAGGGUGUCAUCAAGUCAGCUGUUCCAUGGGAAGAGUCUCGUGAAUUCUUCUACUACCGUGCCAAGAGGCGCCUGUCGGAAGACUACUACUCGGCUCAGCUACGAAAGGCUGACCCUUCCUUGACAAAGGAUAGUGCUGCCGCUGUGCUUUCGGGAAUGUUCUCUGGAGACUGGGAGGAUGACAAGGCUGUGGCAGCAUGGUUUGAUGCUGAUACUGCCUUGAUCACUGACAAGGUCAAGAGCACGCAUGCUGCUUCCAUGCAGGCCAAGAUUGAGGAAUUGACGAAGGAAUUGAAUGCUUUGUAGUUAUGUAGAAGAAUAAAAAGAAUACAUAGAUGCAAAAGUUUCCGUUUUCCUGGUUGCGUUCGUGGCUCGGUUGCUUGCUGUGUAAUAAGAUAAUGGCCUUUCAUCUGAGGAUAUGUACCGUACAGCGUACGUCGUGGCUUCACUCGCUCCUGUCGUUUCGGAUCCUGGCCGUUUGGCCGAGCUUGGGGCGGACGGGACGACUCGAAUCGAGGAGGGGUGCGGAAGCAGCGACUUGGCAGCCAAAGGUCGUCGUUAAACAAUAAUGACAGGCACACGAAAGAGUGAUCGAUGGCCAUGGUUGCUACUCUGCUCUAGCUUUAAAAGGUACAAUAUUUGAGAUGGUAGAUUAGAUUAUGA